CUCCCUCUCUCCCUCUCUCUCUCAGACACACCACAAUCUCUCUCCUCUCUUACUCCUCCCCUCCCACUCUCUCUCUCUACAAUGGAGCCGUGGCUCGACGACUUAGCCGACGACCUCCAGAGUCUGAGCUUCACCUCCACCACAACCACCAACACCGCCACUGAAACCAAGCGCAGCACGAGCUCCGCCUCCGAAUCCACCCCCACGGCUUCCGCCUCCUCCUCGGCGCGCAUAGUCCCCCCGUCCCUCGUCUCCAAGCACCGACCCGCAUCCUCCUCAGACCCUCUCUGGUCAGCCAUCCACAAGAUCCGAUCCGAAUCCCCGACCCAGCAGCUCUCCCUCUCCGACCUCAAAUUCUCCGACCGCCUAGGCUCCGGGGACAUCGGCUCCGUCUACUUAGCCGAGUUGAAGUCCGGCGGCGGGCCCCAAGGCCAGGGCGGGGGCGUAUUUGCGGCGAAGGUGAUGGACAAGAAGGAGCUGAUCAGUCGGAGCAAGGAAGGGCGAGCGAGGACAGAGAGGGAAAUAUUGGAAAUGCUGGACCAUCCUUUUUUGCCCACGCUCUACGCGAGUAUCGAUGCGCCCAACUGGCUUUUUCUACUCACCGAGUUCUGCCCCGGCGGCGACCUCCACGUGCUCCGCCAGCGCCAGCCGCUCAAGCGCUUCGCCGAGCCUGCCGUCAGGUUCUACGCAUCAGAGGUGAUUGUGGCUCUAGAGUACCUCCACAUGAUGGGAAUUGUGUACCGUGAUCUAAAGCCCGAAAACGUGUUAGUUCGAUCGGAUGGCCACAUCAUGCUUACGGAUUUUGACCUCUCGUUAAAAUGCGACAAUUCUGCAUCAACGGCUCAGAUCAUCUCUACUCAAAACACCCCAAUUGCUGCACCACAGAAAGACUACUCACUUGAUCCACCCCCAUUUGCCUCAUCUUCAUGCAUUCUUCCAAAUUGUAUAGUUCCUGCCGUGUCAUGUUUCCACCCCAAAAGCAAGCGCAAGAAGAAGCAGGGCCUUCGAAAUGGGCCCGAGUUUGUGUCCGAGCCCGUUGAUGUCCGGUCCAUGUCAUUCGUUGGGACCCACGAGUACUUGGCCCCAGAGAUUGUGUCCGGUGAGGGACACGGCAGUGCAGUGGACUGGUGGACAUUAGGGAUAUUUAUUUUUGAGCUAUUUUAUGGCGUGACACCCUUUAAGGGUGUGGACAAUGAGCUAACCCUAGCUAACAUUGUGGCUCGAGCCCUAGAACUUCCGAAAGAGCCCGUCGUGCCGGCCAUGGCCAAGGACCUCAUCUCACAACUGUUGAUCAAGGACCCAGCUAGGCGACUGGGAUCGUUGAUGGGUGCAUCGGCAAUCAAGCGGCACCCAUUUUUUCAAGGGGUUAAUUGGGCAUUGUUGAGAUGUACACCUCCACCCUUUAUUCCCCCACCAUUUACCAGACGAGUUGUAUCUGAUCAGACGUGUCCUGAGAAAAUGGAAUAUUAUUAGUCACAAAACAAAUAAAUAAGAGAUAUAUAUUGCACACUUCAA